AGGUGGCCCAGGUAAAGACAGGCACGCCUUAACUUUACCUCACUGACGAACGCGCGCCUCGGACCCGAUCACCUGUGCAGAGGCUUAUAAAUAUGCGGAAGGACGGGGACUACGGUUAUACACAAGAUUAAGGUAAUGCGGGUGCUCUUUGUGGCAGAGUAGCAACCUAAUCACACCCCUUGAGGAGGAUGGGGCCGUGAUUCCGUAUGUCCGCGCCGAAACCGGACUAAACUUUGAAUAAUGUUGGUGGCACUGCCGGAUGUCAUUGUCUGCUGAACCUGCGUGAAACUUUGACACGACUUACAGCAUGUUUUUCAAGGCGCCCGAGGAGACAGAGAUGGAAAUCAGAGACAAGGACUUUUUCUCCAGAGAGCCUCUUCUCCCAUCUGUGGCUAUUCAAAGGACAUUUGAUUAUGUUCUGGUGUCUCCCAAACAUGAAGACGAUGACGACUUGAAGAUCCAAAGAGCCAGAGCCUUCAUCUAUCAACUGGAGAGGAAAAACUUUAAAGUGGCUAGGAUUGAACAUGAAGAGAAGAUAUUCUAUGGCCUGCGAGCACCAAGGGAAAUAUUUGAAGACUACUUGUACCUGCUCAAAGUGUCAGACUCCUGUAACUGGACUGGAGAUCUCAAAGGAGAAGUAACACAAGCUACAAGAAUACGGAUUGUACAUUUUAUUCUCCACAACACCUACACCACAACUGGAGAGAAGCUGAGUGAACUGUUAGAGCAUGAUGUGUUUGAGACAGCGUUCUGCCUUCAUGAGAGAAGGGAGCAGAAGUUAUUGAGGAAGAGGUGGGCUCGAUGGACUGGACUUUUCACAGGACAGCCACUAUAUCAUGUCAAGAAUUACUUUGGAGAGAAGGUUGCCCUCUACUACCUAUGGUUGGGAUGGUACACAAAGCUGCUAGUGCCAGCAGCUGCUCUGGGAAUUGUGGUUUUCCUCUAUGGUCUGGCCUUUUUUCGGACCAACCCUCUAAUCAAUGAAGUAUGUGAGUCCAGUACCAUCAUGUGUCCACGCUGUGACAAAAGGUGUCAAGUGUGGCAGCUCUCAGAUACAUGCACAUAUGCAAAGGUCAGCCUUCUAUUUGACAAUGAGGGCACUGUGGCGUUUGCUAUGUUCAUGGCCAUCUGGGCGACCUUGUUCUUAGAGUUAUGGAAAAGACACAGAGCAAGGCAUGUUUCUCAAUGGAAGGUGUAUGACUGGUGUGAGGAGGAGGAAGAGCUGAUAUUGGAAAUCGUCAACAAUCAAUUCUGCAAGCCUAAACAAUUCCGACACUCUUACCUUCGCAGCAUACUUGUCCUUACUUUGGUUACCCUCAUGCUGAUGACCAUCAUAGGCCUGACUCAUGCUCUGGUGGUCUUCAGAGUGGUGGCGGCCCCUCUCAUGUCAGAGGGCGACUGGGCGUUUAUAAGGGACCACGCUAAUACUGUGGCUGUGAUGCUGGGCGCUGUACUGCACUAUCUCACCAUUCAGAUCAUGACCAGGGUAAACAGAUGGGUGGCCCUCAAGCUGUGUGACAUCGAGAAGACCAACUCCUUUGCAUCAACAGAGAGGAGCUUCACAGUCAAAAUGUUUACUUUCCAGUUCUUCACUCUCUUCUCCUCUCUGUUUUAUGUGGCCUUCUUUCUGGGCAGGAUAAAUGGGCAUCCAGGAAGCUAUACAAGAAUUUCAACGUGGCGACUAGAAGAGUGCCAUCCCAGCGGCUGCCUGACCGACCUGUUCAUCCAAAUGGCCGUCAUCAUGCUGCUUAAACAGACCCUCAACAACAUCUUUGAGUUCACUAUCCCAUGGGUGAAGAGUUUGUUCAGUAGAAACGCUUCGAAGACCCUGAGGAGAAAAUGUGGUCACUGCUACAGAAAGGCCUGUCGCGAUGAGCAGGGCCGCGUGGAGCCCUGUGACAUCUGCAAGCUGAGGGACUGGCUCAUGAACUAUCACCUGACCAACACAGACGCCUUCAGCCUCUUCAAUGAGUUCCUGGAGAUGGUGGUCCAGUUCAGUUUCACCACUAUAUUUGUGGCAGCAUUCCCUCUGGCUCCACUGCUGGCUCUUCUCAAUAACAUCUUUGAGAUCCGUCUAGAUGCAAUCAAAAUGGUGCGCCUGGAGCGCCGCCUAGUGCCCAGGAAAACAAAUGACAUUGGUGUUUGGACCCAGGUGUUGGAGGCCAUCGGGGUGCUGGCAGUCAUAGCCAAUGGUCUGGUCAUCGGGAUCACGUCUGACUUUGUUCCACGUCUCGUCUAUCGUUACCGCUAUGGGCCUUGUGCCAUUGGAAAUGCAACCACAAAUUGUAUGUCAGGCUACAUCAAUGACACGCUGUCCACGGCCGACUGGUCCCAUGAGGCCGUGCAGAGGGACUUCCAUCCGAACCAGAUGAUCACCGAGACAGGCAUCAAUGUCACCCAGUGCAGUUAUAGAGAUUACCGGAGCAAUGAGGACUACUCUCUGACCUCUCAGUUCUGGUUGGUCCUGGCUGUGAGAUUUGCAUUUGUCAUCCUUUUUGAGCAUGUGGUCGUGGUGUGUAAAUUCAUAGCCGCCUGGUUUGUUCCUAAUAAUCCCAUACAAGUGAAGAACGAAAGGCUCCGUGACAAACUAGCACGGCUUAAAGAAGAACUACGUGAAAUGAAAUGCAACAAAUCCACAGAGGUCUAACAUCUCUCAUGGUUUAACACAGCGUACUCCUUUUUGUAUGUCUCUUCAGAACAGAUGCUAUAAGUAUUCACACUAUUAGGUAACAUUACAGUUUAUACUCAGGUCAGUCAAGAUUUUAGAAGAGAUUAUUGACUUGAAAGAAACCUUUACUGUUUAUGUUUUGUGAUAUAACCUAUUUAUAAAGUCUUUAGAGAAUGUGUUUGUGCUGUGUAAAUAUAAAAAAUAAAUUAACUGUAAAUUGUUAAUGUUAGAAAAGGCUUUCAUGUUUACUGGUACACUUCAUGUAUUUGUUUUAACUGCUUAAGAAUCUAGUCAAUGUAUUGUAACUCAUAAAUGUUGUCAGUGUUCAGAGUCCUCACCUCCUAAAAUGUGACACUAAAAUUUACACCUAAUUGACCAAUUGUAAACUAAAUUGUACUUGAAUAAUAUUGUAAAAACCUCAAUCUGCCAUUUCAUUAACUAUUAAAAUGUGUGUUUUUUACUGUUA